AUGUCCGGAACUUGGCAUACUUUUCGUUUCACGCUCUGCUAUGGCCUUGUUCUGGUUUGUGUCCCGACCUUGGGUCACUGGCAUUAUUCCUCCGAAUUUUGCUCGGCCACGGUUCGUUCUCGCAGCCUGCAAAAUGCGACGACGACGACGAUGCCCCGCUUUGCCCCUCCCCGCCUUGCUGCAUCGAAGAAUACCGUACACGCCGUGAGGGUCGCACUACCACGACGGCCACCAGUACCGCUACUACAACCACCUGCCCGAUUCAUACCAUCCUACUCACACACACCGCGAAUAAGCGCGACACGCCUUUGCCAGACUCUUCACGGCCCUCAUCUUGCACCUACUCCUCCCCCUGCGCCCCCGCGAAGACGCUUUGCCCACACCACCCCGCGCCGCCCCGACGAACACACGCCCGGCCGACUCCCCAACGCCGUCUGGCCAUACCUAUAUACGCAUUUCAACACCAUGGCGCACCUCGAGCCGUACUUUACACAGGUCGACGGCCUGCAGAACAAGUUCAUCGAGAGGCUGAGGGAGGCCGUGGCGAUUCCCAGCAUCAGCUCUGAAGACCAAAGGCGGCCCGAUGUGGUCAAAAUGGGCCACUGGCUCGCAGAUCAGAUCAAAGCAUUGGGCGGCACCGUCGAACUGCGCGAGCUGGGUAAACAGCCCGGGCGCGAGCAUCUUGACCUGCCGCCGUGUCUGCUCGGCCGCUACGGAGACGACCCAAACAAGGUCAAUGUGCUGGUAUAUGGCCACUACGAUGUUCAGCCCGCCAACAAGUCGGACGGCUGGGCCACGGAUCCCUUCACGCUGAGCAUCGACGACAAAGGCCGCAUGUACGGCCGUGGCAGCACCGACGACAAGGGGCCUGUUCUCGGCUGGCUGAAUGCCAUCGAGGCACACCAGAAGGCAGGCAUCGACUUGCCCGUCAAUCUCAUCAUGUGCUUCGAGGGCAUGGAGGAAAAUGGUUCAGAGGGUCUGGACGACACCAUCCGUAUCGAGGCCAAGAAGUUUUUCAAGGACGCGGAUGUCGUCUGCAUCUCAGACAAUUACUGGCUGGGCACGGAAAAGCCCUGCCUCACGUAUGGUGUGCGGGGUUGCAACUACUAUCAGGUCGAGGUCUCCGGUCCUGGCCAGGACCUGCAUUCGGGCGUGUAUGGCGGUAUGACGCACGAACCCAUGACCGACUUGGUCCGCAUCAUGAACUCUCUUGUCGACCCCGACGGCAGAAUCCUCAUCAAGGGUAUCGACGAGUUGGUUGCGCCCCUCACUGACGACGAGGCCGCUCUCUACCCGCCUAUCGCCUUCACCAUGGAUGACUUGAAGGAAUCGUUGGGAGGCGAAGUCGCAAUUCACAGCAGCAAGGAAGACGCAUUGAAGCAUAAGAUGCGAUACCCCUCUCUGUCGUUGCACGGGAUCGAGGGUGCUUUUUACUCCGAGGGGGCAAAGACUGUCAUUCCAGCCAAGGUCAUUGGCAAGUUCUCCAUCCGCACUGUGCCCAACAUGGAGAUCGACCCAGUUACAAAACUUGUCGAGAAGCACAUCAACGACGAGUUUGCCAAGCUCCAGUCAAAGAAUAAGAUGAAGUUUAGCGUUGUGCACUGCGGAAAGUGGUGGGUCGAGGACCCCAACCAUCCCAACUACACAGCCGCCGCAAAAGCAGUCGAGAAGGUGUUUGGUGUGAAACCAGAUAUGACUCGGGAAGGUGGCAGCAUUCCCGUCACCUUGACGUUUCAAGAGGAGCUUGGGAAGAACGUGCUGCUGUUGCCCAUGGGAAGCUCGACAGAUGCUGCCCAUUCCAUCAACGAGAAGUUAGACAAGAGGAACUACAUUGAAGGCACCAAGUUACUGGGAGCCUAUCUGCACUAUGUGGCGAGCGAGCUGAAGCGUUCGUGA